ACGGCCAUCUUUGAUGAGGGCAGAGCUCACGUUGCAUUGAAGACGAAACCUCGGGGAGGUCUGGAGCUGUCUUUCCUUCCCUCCCUACCCGGCGGCUCCUCCACUCUUGCUACCUGCAGGGAUCAGCGGACAGCAUCCUCUGAAGAAGACAAGGUUCCUUAACUAAGCACCACUGACUUGCUGGCCCAGGCGCCCAGCAACCCCCCACCACUACCAUGGCCGAGGACGCAGACAUGCGUAAUGAACUGGAGGAGAUGCAGAGGAGGGCUGACCAGCUGGCUGAUGAGUCCCUGGAAAGCACCCGUCGCAUGCUGCAGCUGGUCGAAGAGAGUAAAGAUGCUGGCAUCAGGACUUUGGUUAUGUUGGAUGAGCAAGGCGAACAACUCGAUCGUGUCGAAGAAGGCAUGAACCAUAUCAACCAAGACAUGAAGGAGGCCGAGAAAAAUUUAAAAGAUUUAGGCAAAUGCUGUGGCCUUUUCAUAUGUCCUUGUAACAAGCUUAAAUCCAGUGAUGCUUACAAAAAAGCCUGGGGCAAUAAUCAGGAUGGAGUAGUGGCCAGCCAGCCUGCCCGUGUGGUGGAUGAACGGGAGCAGAUGGCCAUCAGUGGUGGCUUCAUCCGCAGGGUAACAAACGAUGCCCGGGAAAAUGAAAUGGAUGAAAACCUGGAGCAGGUGAGCGGCAUCAUCGGAAACCUCCGUCAUAUGGCCCUAGACAUGGGCAAUGAGAUUGACACCCAGAAUCGCCAGAUUGACAGGAUCAUGGAGAAGGCUGAUUCCAACAAAACCAGAAUCGAUGAAGCCAACCAACGUGCAACAAAGAUGCUGGGAAGUGGUUAAAUUUGCCCUUCUGCUGUGCUCUCCUCCGAAUGUUGUUGGACAAGAGAGCACCUUCAUGCUUCUCUCAUGGUAUUACCUAGUAAGACUUACACACACACACACACACACACACACACACACACACACACACACACACACACACAGAGUCAGUCACCCCCAUUGUAAAUUGUAAAUGUCCUGUGUGGUUCGUCAGCUUCCCAAUGAUACCAUGUGUCUUUUGUUUUCUUCGGCUCUCUUUCUUUCCAAAGGUUGUACAUAGUGGUCCUCUGGUGACUCUAUUUCCCGACUUAAGAUGUCUUGAGUCUCUCUCUUUUUCCCUUUUUCUUUUCUCAGUGGCGUUUGCUGAAUGACAACAAUUUAGGAAUGCUCAAUGUACUCUUGAUUUUUCUCAAUACACAGUAUUGUUCUUGUAAAACUGUGACAUUCCACAGAGCUACUGCCACGGUCCUUUCUUAGGGUGUCAGGCUCUGAAUCUCUCCAAAUGUGCUGUCUUUGGUUCCUCAUGGCUAUUCUUUGUCUUUAUGAUUUCAUAAUUAGACAAUGUGAAAUUACAUAACAGGCAUUGCACUAAAAGUGAUGUGAUUUAUGCAUUUAUGCAUGAGAACUAAAUAGACUUUUAGAUUCCUACUUAAACAAAAACUUUCCAUGACAGUAGCAUACUGACAAGAAAAUACACACAACAGCAACAAUAACAAAGCAACAACUACGCAUGCUCAGUAUUGGGACACUGUCAAGAUUAAGUCAUACCAGCAAAACCUGCAGCUGUGUCACCUUCUUCUGUCAACAUACGGACUGAUCAUAAUCAUCCCUUCUUUACACACACACACACACACACACACACACACACACACACACACACACACACACAAAUGGAUUUAACACAUCAUUAAUCAUUUCUAGCAAAAUAUAUGUUUGGCUGAAACUAUGUGAAAUGGGUGUAAUAUAGGGUUUGUCGAAUGCUUUUGAAAGCUCUGUUUUGGAGACAAUACUCUUGUGGAAAACGUGAAGAUCUUCUAAGUCUGGCUCUUGUUGAUCACCAUUUCCCUGUGGUUUGUCAUCAGUACAAUUCUUUGUUGCUUAAUCUAGAGCUAUGCACACCAAAUUGCUGAGAUGUUUAGUAGCUGAUAAAGAAACCUUUAAAAAAUUAUAUAAAUGAAUGAAAUAUAGAUAAACUGUGAGAUAAAUAUCAUUACAGCAUGUAUAUUAAAUCCCUCCUGUCUCCUCUGUUGGUUUGUGAAGUGAUUUGACAUUUUGUAGCUAGUUUAAAAUUAUUAAAAAUUAUAGAUCCCA